AUGCAUGCCUUUACAUCUCGGCGGCAUAGAGUAGAGCACUUGGGUUUGCACAAAGCGCUUUGUCUUUUGAUGGGAUGGGACUCGAUGACUGUUUCUAAUUGUUUAUGGACCCCGAAGGCGUUGGCCUGCGCUGAAGUCUUGGCUAUGAAAGAGGAUCUUGUUGUUUGGCCUCCGGUUGUCAUCUUGCAUAACAGUUCUAUUGGUACAACUAUUUCUGAUGACCGAAUUAUAGUAAGUAUCGAGGAGAUUGAGGCAUUUCUCAGAGGUAUGGGGUUUGGCCGGGGGAUAUCGAAGGUCUGUUGUGGGAAACCUGCGAAUUGGAGUAUUAUGGUAGUGAUCUUCCAUGGAACCAUUUCAGGGCUACAAGAUGCAGAGAGACUCCAUAACAUGUAUGCCGAGAACAAGCAUGGGAGGGCUGAGUUCAUGCGAGUCGAUUGCCACAGCGGAGAAACGAAGAAAACGCCACUAAACAAGGUUGAAGACGUGCUAUACGGCUAUCUGGGAGUCGCAGGUGACAUGGAUAAACUCGAUUUCGAGACAAAAAGUCAUUCGGUAGUCAAAAGCAAGAAGGAAAUCUAUAGCAUUGCUGAUCAAUGGGAAUAA